AUGUUGAACGAUGCCAAAAAGAUAAAAAACAAACGCUUUGAAGGGGAUGCAUGUAAAAACCUUGGUCAUGCCUAUCAUUCUCUCGGUGAAUUCAAGAAAGCAAUGGAGCUUCAUCAGCUGGGCCUAAGAAUUGCCAAAGAGACUGGAAACAAAGAUGCAGAAGGACAGGGAUAUAACAACCUUGGCCUUACCCAUCAUUCUCUCGGUGAAUUCAACAAAGCAAUUGAGCGUUAUGAGCUGGGUCUAAGUAUUGCCCAAAAUACUGGAAACAAAGAUGCAGAAGGAACUGUAUAUAACAACCUUGGCGUUACCUAUAGAUAUCUCGGUAAAUUCGAGAAAGCAAUUGAUCUUUUUCAGCUGGGUCUAAGUAUUGCCAUAAAUACUGGAAAGAAAAAUGCAGAAGGAAUUCGAUAUAACAACCUUGGCCUUGCCUAUCAUUCUCUCGGUAAAUUCAAGAAGGCAAUUGAGCAUUUUGAGCUGGGUCUAAUUAUUGCCAUAAAUACUGGAAACAAAAAUGCAGAAGGAAUUCGAUACAACAACCUUGGCCAUGCUUAUCAUUCUCUCGGUGAACCCAAGAAAGCAAUUGAGCUUUUUCAGCUGAGCCUAAGUAUUGCCAAAAAUACUGGAAACAAAGAUGCAGAAGGAAUUGGAUAUAACAACCUUGGCGCUGUCUAUCUUUCUCUCGGUGAAUUCAAGGAAGCAAUGGAGCUUUUUCAGCUGGGUCUAAGUGCUGCCAAAAAUACUGGAAACAAAACUGCAGAAGGAACUGCAUAUAACAACCUUGGCGGAACCUGUAAUUUUCUCGGUGAAUUCAAGAAAGCAAUUGAGCUUUGUCAGCGAGGUCUAAGAAUUGCCGAAGAGACUGGAAACAAAAAUGAAGAAGGAACUGGAUAUGGCAACCUUGGCGUUGCCUAUAGUUCACUCGGUGAAUUCGAGAAAGCGAAAGAGCUUUUUGAGAGUGGUCUAAAAAUUGCCCGAAAAACUGGAAACGAAGAUGCAGAAGGAACUCAAUGUAUUAACCUUAGCUGUGCCUAUCAUUCUCUCGGUGAUUUCGAAAAGGCAAGCAAAUUUUCCAAUCUGGGUCUAAACAUCGCAAAAAAGACUGAAAACAAAAAUUUGCUAGGAUUUGGAUAUAACAGCCUUGGCCAUGUCUAUCUUUCUCUCUGUGAUUUCGACAAAGCAAUCGAAUUGUUUGAGCUGGGUCUAACCAUCGCUAAAGAGACUGGAGACAAACAUUCAGAAGGACAUGGAUAUAUCAAUUUUGGCUGCGCCUAUCAAUCUCUUCAUGAUUCCCAAAAAGCAAUUGAAUUUUAUCAGCAAGGUUUAAGUAUCCUGGAAAAGAUCGGUCACAAACCUGCAGAACCAUCUACAUGUGGCGCACUUGCUCGUGCUUUUCAUUCUCUUGACGACUUCUUGAAAGCUGAGGAGCUUUUUAAAUCCCAAAUAAAACUGGUAGAAGAAAUGAGGGUUCUUCUUCAAGAGAAAGACGAGUGGAAAAUCAGCUUUCGGAAUAUGCAUGACUUUAGAGGUUUAGUAGCACUUCAAUUACAACAAGGCAAGACCAUGGAAGCGCUUUUCACAGCUGAGGCGGGGCGAGCACAAGCUCUCGUGGAUCUCAUGGAGUCACAAUAUGGAAGCAAAAAAUCAUUUCAAUCGUCGUCCAAACCGCAGAUGGAACUGACACUAUCUAACAUUUCAAGCCAUAUUUCGUCACCUACGCUAUUUUUAGAGGAAGACACGUGCGACAAAGUAGUUUAUCUUUGGCUUCUGCUAAAGGGACAGCAGUUUCAGUUUGUGCGAAAGGAAAUCAGUGUGGAGUUGAAAACAUUGAUUAACCAAACAUACACACAGAUUGGUGUCAAGAGAAGAGGUAGGAGCAAUAAUCGUUCCCCGGAUGAGCCAGAAGAUGAAGAAAUCGACGACUUGACCGAUAGGGGUACACAGGCGUCUGCAUCGUCGUCACAGCAAGACGAUGGCGGUGCUUUAAAAACAUUGUAUGAGGUGGUUAUUACUCCAAUCUCACAUUUGAUAAAAGGUGAUGAACUCAUCAUUGUUGCUCACGGUUCGUCAUUUAUUAUUCCUUAUGCCGCCCUUGUGGACCAGCAUUCCAAGUAUUUGUCUGAAACGCUGAGAAUUCGGCUGGCUCCAUCACUAACCUGCUUAAAACUACUGGCAGAAUGUCCGGAGUGGCUUCAUAGUACGUCUGGUGCACUGCUUGUUGGUAAUCCGUGGGUGGAAACAGUACGCAUUGACUGCAAAAAGUUACCGCAGCUCCCGGGUGCUGAGAAAGAAGUAAGAAUGAUUGGACAGAUUCUCAACAUUGUGCCUCUCACUGGUAAGAACGCUACAAAAGAGCAAGUUUUAAGCAGGCUUAACCCAGUGUCCCUAAUACACAUUGCGGCUCAUGGUCGAAGAGAAAAUGGAGAAAUUAUUCUAUCUCCUAAUCUUGCUAGUAUGGACAGACCAAAAGAGGAGGACUUUCUUUUGACGAUGGCAGAUGUAUUAGGUGCAAAACUGCACGCCAAGCUUGUUGUAUUAAGCUGCUGUCACAGUGGGCAAGGGCCAAUCAAAGCCGAAGGCGUGGUUGGUAUUGCACGUGCCUUUUUAGGAGCCGGUGCCCGUUCUGUUAUUGCGACACUGUGGGCGAUUAACGACGAAGCUACUCUGGAGUUUAUGAGACACUUUUACGAACAUUUAGCGGCAGGGCAAAGUGCAAGUAAGUCGCUUCAUCAGGCCAUGAAAUGUUUACGUGAGUCUGGGCAAUACAAAGCUGUGGAGCAUUGGGCCCCAUUUGUGCUGAUUGGUGAUGACGUGACAUUGAAUUUUAGCCAGUGA